AACUUGCUCUUUUGUUGCUACUAUUGGCCUGUGUUUUUUUGUAGUAUAUCAUAGCUAUUGAAUUUGUGUAUAGCAUAAACCACUUGCUUGCAAUUAUACUCUUCUUAACUACGUCCAACAACAAUGAAAAGCUACCAUUGUCCGUCUGUGCUGUAUUAGAUAUCAGUGAGCAUUUGACGUAAUAGCUGCCAGAAUAAUGAUAUUGAUCUUGAAUGGUUGACGUUGACCAUAGUGUUAGAUGAUAUAAUCAUUACCAAAACGUCGGUCUGAGUUCCAGCUGAAGCUUUUCUGAAGUAUAGCAGUUUUAAAUAGAGCAAUGGAUCAGAGAAUUCAGGUGUUUCUGCUUCUUAUAUUCGCUCCUUUGCUCGUUUUAGCCAAUCAUCAGACAAGUAUUGAGGAUGUUACUGGUUUAAAAUCUCUGAUGAAACUAUGGACUUACACUCCUCCAAGUUGGGGGAGUCCAGAUCCAUGUGAAGAUGGUUGGGAUGGCAUUGGGUGUACCAACAUGCGUGUGGUCUCUUUAACAUUAUCAAGUAUGAAUUUGACUGGCACACUCUCUGGAGAUAUUGCACAGUUAUCUGAACUACAAAUUUUGGAUCUAUCUUACAACAAGGGCCUGACAGGACCACUCCCACUCGAAAUUGGGAGUUUGAAGAAGCUAACUAACAUAAUCCUGGUUGGGUGCAGUUUCUCUGGUCCAAUUCCUCCUUCUAUAGGGUCCCUACAAGAGCUAAUAUCCCUAUCUCUGAAUUCUAACAGAUUCAGUGGGAAGAUCCCACCUUCCAUUGGUAAUCUGUCUAAACUAUAUUGGCUGGAUCUAGCUGACAACAUCCUUGAAGGAUCCAUCCCAGUUUCUGCUGGUGGUGAACCUGGUCUGGACAUGCUCAGUCAUUGCAAGCACUUUCAUCUUGGAAUGAAUAAUCUCUCUGGCCAAAUUCCAUCAAAGCUUUUCAACUCAAACAUGAGUCUGAUACACGUGCUCUUCGAAAGAAAUGAACUCUCCGGCAGCAUACCUUCCAGCCUUGGACUUGUAAAAACUUUGGAGGUCGUGCGAUUUGAUGGAAACAUGUUAACUGGGCCUAUUCCUGCAAGCCUCAGCAAUCUUACCAGUGUUUCUCAGAUGUUCUUGUCAAACAACAAGCUGAGCGGCCCUGCUCCUGACCUUUCUGGCAUGACCCUUCUUCACUAUGUGGAUUUAAGCAAUAACAGUUUCGAGUUAUCUGAUAUUCCACCAUGGUUUUCGACACUCGAUUCUUUGACCACAUUAAUCAUGGAGGACACACAACUUCAAGGAGAAAUACCUGCUGCUCUUUUCAGCCUUUCAAACAUACAGACUGUGGUCCUGAAGAACAACCUGCUGAGUGGCACUUUGGAUAUUGGCACUCCCAGCACUCAAUUGGAAGUCAUUGAUUUACAAAAUAAUCAAAUUAGCGAAUACAAAGGAAAUGAAGGAUACAGUGGUACUUUGAUACUUGUUAAAAAUCCAGUUUGUGACGAAAGUGGUGCGUCACCUAAUUACUGCAAGAUUUCGAGUUCAUCUGAUAUCCCCCCAUAUGUAACAUUGCGAAAUAACUGUGUUCGAAGUCCCUGUGACUCUGAUCAGGUUUCAAGCCCCAACUGCAUAUGUGGAUAUCCAUAUGAGGGCACUCUAAUCUUUAGAGCUCUUACCUUCUCAGACUUGGACAACUCAACUCACUACCACGAGCUUGAGAAGGCCCUCGUGAAUUUUUUCUUAUCCCGUCAACUUAAUGUUGAUUCUGUCUCUUUAAGUAAUCUCACCAAGGAUUCCCUUGCAUACCUUAGAUUGAGCCUAGCAGUAUUCCCAGCAUCCCAAGGUCAUUUCAACCAAAAGGAAGUUUCUGGUAUUUCUUAUUUGCUUAGUAACCAAACAUUCAAGCCGCAGAAAUCUUUUGGACCAUUCUAUUUCAUUGGUGAUGACUAUGAAUACUUUGCAGCUGAAACAGAAGUAUCAUCAAAAUCAAAGAAAUCGUCUAAUGUGGCAAUUAUUAUCGGAGCAGCAGCUGGUUGUUCUGUUCUUGUGCUAGUAUUAGUCCUGGUAGGAAUUUAUGCAAUUCGCCAGAAGAAAAGAGCAAGUAGAGCCAUUGAUCAAAACAAUCCUUUUGGAAAAUGGGAUGUGAAUAAUAAGAGCAGGGGUAGUGUUCCUGAAUUAAAGGGUGCUAGGUCGUUCUCAUUUGAAGAGCUCAUGCAAUACAGCAACAACUUUUCAGAAGAAAAUGAUGUGGGAUCUGGGGGCUAUGGGAAGGUUUACCGUGGAACUCUUCCCACAGGGAAACUGAUUGCCAUAAAACGAGCUCACUCAGAAUCCAUACAAGGAGGACAUCAGUUCAGAUCUGAGAUUGAGCUUCUUUCACGGGUGCAUCAUAAGAACCUUGUCAGCCUUGUAGGAUUUUGUUUUGACCGAGGCGAGCAGAUGCUGGUGUAUGAGUAUGUAGCAAAUGGGACUCUUAAGGAUAGUCUUUCAGGUAAAUCAGGAAUCAGAUUAGAUUGGCAGAGGAGACUUAAAAUAGCACUUGGUACAGCUAGAGGCUUAGCCUAUCUUCAUGAACUUUGCCAGCCUCCAAUUAUACACAGAGACAUAAAAUCAACCAAUGUUCUGUUGGACAAUAACUUGUCUGCAAAAGUUGCUGAUUUUGGUCUCUCCAAGUCCAUGGGUGACAGUGAGAGGGAUCAUGUCUCCACUCAAGUUAAAGGAACAAUGGGUUACAUGGAUCCUGAAUAUUACAUGACGCAACGAUUGACAGAGAAGAGUGAUGUUUAUGGUUUUGGAGUUCUAAUGUUGGAGUUGCUUACUGCAAGAAGACCAAUAGAACAAGGGAAAUAUAUUGUGCGAGAAGUGAAAUUGGCAAUGGACAAGACUAAAGAAUUAUACAACCUUCAUAAAAUCCUGGAUUCAACCAUUGGUUUGGGACCAACACUCAAAGGUUUAGAGAGGUUUGUAGAUCUUGCAAUGACUUGUGUUGAAGAAGAAGGAGCCAACAGGCCUACAAUGGGUGACGUGGUAAAAGAGAUUGAAAACAUCAUGCAGCUUGCUGGUUUGAACCCUAAUGCCGAAUCGGCAUCCACUUCUGCAAGCUAUGAGGAUCAGGCAAGCGCUAAGCAUCCUUACAGCAGUGAGGCUUUUGAGUAUAGUGGUGGAUUUCCAGCUUCAAAGAUAGAGCCGCUGUAGAAGGCAUGAUUGUACAACUAGAAUAUUUAGUAACUAGCUUGCUUCUUCACUCUUGUUAUAUCAGUGAUUGGUAUUCAUGGAUAUAUACAUGUAAUUAGUUGUAAUUAUAACAUCUGUGUGCGUUCAACAUACUUUAAAAAAAAAAAAAACUCUAUGCGUCCAAAAUUUACUGCUGCGACUGU